GUUCUCACUGCUUGUCAGAGUGGUCUGCGAUAGUGUGUGCAGGGGAGCACGUUCACAGGGUCUAAAAGGCUUGUGGUAGUACAAGGUAGUACAGAAACCAAAAAAACAAACCUAAAACCAAAAUGGCUGCUGCACAUCGUCUGGUUAUCGUGCGUCACGGCGAGAGCGCCUGGAACCAGGAGAACCGCUUCUGCGGCUGGUUCGACGCCGACCUGAGCGAGAAGGGCGUGGAGGAGGCCAAGCGCGGCGCCCUCGCCAUCAAGGAGGCUGGCAUGAAGUUCGACGUCUGCCACACCUCCGUGCUGAAGCGCGCCGUCAAGACCCUGUGGACCAUCAUGGAGGGCACCGACCAGAUGUGGCUGCCCGUGCACCGCACCUGGCGCCUCAACGAGCGCCACUACGGCGGCCUGACCGGCCUCAACAAGGCAGAGACCGCCGAGAAGCACGGAGAGGAGCAGGUCAAGAUCUGGAGGCGCUCCUUCGACAUCCCCCCACCACCCAUGGACAAGGACCAUGCCUACCACAAGAUCAUCAGCGAGUCGAGGCGCUACAAGGGCCUGAAGGCUGGUGAGCUGCCCACAUGCGAGAGCCUGAAGGACACCAUCGCACGCGCCCUGCCCUACUGGAACGACGUCAUCGCUCCCGAGAUCAAAGCCGGCAAGAACGUCAUCAUCGCAGCCCACGGCAACAGUCUGCGUGGCAUCGUCAAGCACUUGGAAGGCAUGUCUGACGCCGCCAUCAUGGAGUUGAACCUGCCCACUGGCAUCCCCAUUGUGUACGAGCUGGACGCCAACCUGAAGCCCAUCAAGCCCAUGGCAUUCCUGGGCGACGAGGAGACCGUCAAGAAGGCCAUGGAGGCCGUGGCCGCACAGGGCAAGGCCAAGAAGUAAAGCAGGAACAUAAAGAAUGAGACGAUCGUCGUGAAAGAGACUAACACCAACAAACCCCACACCAAACCAUACUGUACUUCUGUUCACCACCUUGUUUCCACACCAAGACCCCAACAAACCAUCAUCACUCUGUUCACCACUUUAUUUCCAUUUUUUGUUUUUAUUUCUUUUUCUUUGUUUUUCUUUUUUCACCUCUGGUGGUGUUUUAAGGCUAAACUUAGCCUUUAAACUGUAACUGAGGUGUUUUUUCUACGAUAAAGGACAAAAUGUGUGUUUACAUGCACUUUGAGGAGGUAGCUAUUUCCAUCACUCGGCAACAAGCAACGAGCAACAUUGCCACUGGUUGAUGAAGACACUUUUCUUAAGCACAUUCACGCACACCACAACACAACACAAAUACACAUACACAUACACACCACCACCACCACAACACAACACAACACACACAUGUUCUACUCAACCUUGGUAUGCGAGUUAUGUUGAAGCAAAUCACUCUGACACAGCAGAAUAAAGUGACCAUCAUUUUGUGUA